AUGGCCAUCGUCGGCAGUGCACACCUUCGCGCUCACGCCAACACGCUCAUCAAUGCCUGCACUGCCGCCAACACCGGUGGCGGUGGUCUCUUUGUCGGUACGACGGCCAUCGCCAAUCUCGACGCCGCGCCGCAAAUCACCGCCAACGUCGCAGCCGGCAAUGGACUCGGUGGCGGCAUCCUUGCCGACGCCGGCAGCACACUCUCCGUCACGUCCGCUAUCUUUGCCAACAACGUCGCCAGUUCGGGCGGCGGCAUCGCUGUCGUCGAUCCCCAGCUUGUCGCCGAGACGCUGCGCGCCACCGCUAGCGUGGACGUGCCCAUGGCUCGUGGUGCCGCCGCCGCCUCUGCCGGCCCGACCGCCAUCCCCAGCAUCGAGCUCGUCGAUGUUGCCCUCACCGACAACAGCGCUUCUUUGUUUGGCGAUGCUGUCUUUGCCUGCGGCGCUUCCAUUGCUAUGCGCGGCGCCGCUGCAUCAUGGCGAAGCAGCUCUAAGCAUGCCUUUGUCUGCGCCGCUGACGGCUUUGCGCCGAGCCUGGCCUCGUCUGUCGGCCUCCCUUGGCUCCGCAUUGCGCCCGACGCCUGGUCCGCGCUGGUGGAGACCGGCGCCGGCAAGAUCGCCGGCCCUUUGGCAACGCUCGAGUGGGCCAGCCUUCCGCGGACUUCUGUCCCAUCGGGCGAAGCCAUCGAAGGUGCCAUCCGCGGCCGUGACAUGUUUGGCCAGAGUCUGAUCGAGCCGCACGUCACGCUUGUGCUGAGCUACGACACUCCGCAGAGCUCCGCUCUCGUCGGCGGCGUGGCAACAACCCCACUGGUGACAACGGCAGUCGCCUCUCCCACCGCUGCUGUCUACGUCACCGCUGGCGCCGAGACCAACAUCCCGCUGGCGGUCGACGUGGCGCUGGGCGUCGACGCGCGCCUGGCCGCAUCGGGAGCCACCGUCGGCAUGCCUGUUUCUCCGCUCCGUGCGAGCAUGACGGUCGGCGGGUGCGCAGCGGGUGAGGGUGGCGUCGCCCGCACCAUCGACGGCGUUGAUGUCAUUGCCUGCGCGCUCUGCCCGUCCGGUACCACCUCGCCAGGCGACGGCAGCCUCGCGAGCUGCACUGGCACUCUGAGUUGCCCGGAAAACACGUUCCGGACGCCGAGCAACGCGUCGACCGACGGAUCCGGCUCUGUCUGCGUCUGCAAGUCCGGGUUCUGGAGCCCGAGCAUGACUGUCGACACGGCGUGCGAGCUCUGCCCGCGCGGCGGCGUGUGCGCCGGUGAGCUCGAGCCGCCCGUCGCGGCACCGGGCUUCUUCCCGGACGCUGCUGGCUCGACCCUCUUUGUGGCGUGCCCGAACGAGCGCGCGUGCGCCGGCGAUGGCACCUGUUCAUCAGGCUACACCGCUCGGCUGUGCGCCGAGUGCGACCGUGGGUACUAUCGGCUCGGCUCGGUGUGCCACAAGUGUAACGGCGGGCGGAACGCGCUCGUCAUCACGCUGCUUGUCCUCGGCAUCCUAGCUGUCUGCUGGAUGCUCCUUGGCUUCAAUCUCGCCGAGAGCAUGCGGUACAAGUUUGCAGCGGCCAUGAUCGGCCUCAACGGCCUUCAGAUCUCGGCGCUGUACGGUAAGCUCGACCUCGACUGGGGUGAUUUUGCCCAGCUCUACUUUGACCUCGCAUCGGCGCUGAACGUCGAUCUUGGCCUCACCGCACCCGAGUGCGCCGUUGUCACCAACGCCGACGUCUGGGUCCUCAAGUGGGUCCUCACGCUCGCGCUCCCGCUGUUGGCGGCCAUCAUUGUCGGCAUCGGCGCUUGCGCAAUCGUCGUCGGGCGUCAAGCCGGGCUUGGCUUGCUGGCCGCCAUCAAUGGCCGCCGGCUCGUCGGUGCCUACGGCCGCACUGUCUUCCAGAUCCUCGUCCUGCUCUACCUCCCGCUGGCGCGGGCCUCGUUUGCCGUCUUUGGCUGCCGCCGCGACGAGAGCCGCCGUUGGGUCAUGGACGCAGACCCGGCUCGGAGCUGCUACAACAGCGCGUGGUGGCGCGGCCUAUUUGCCCCGGGUCUCCUGGCAGUCGCCGGCUACGGGAUCGGCGUCCCGGCAGCCGUCGUCGCCGUCUUGUGGCAGAAGCGCCGGCACCUCGAUCCAGUGGCCUUUCAGCUCCAGUACGGCUUUCUUGUUGGCCGUUUCACCGGCAACACAUGGUGGUUCGAGGCGGCAAUCAUGGCCCGCAAGGCCGGCGUUGUCAUCGCCAUGACCUUUGUCUUUGCCGACGAGGGCAAGGCCAACACCGCGCUUGUUAUCCUCGUCGCCGCACUCGUCCAUCUUGCGCUCGCCCGGCCGUACGCCGCCGGCUUUCACAAUGCGGUCGCCGGCAUCGUCCUCGCCGCCACCAGCCUCGUUCUCUACGGCGGUACCUUUGACGAGCGCGAGUCACGGCGCAUCGCCGUCGCUGUCGGCAUCAUCGUCAACGUCCUCGCCAUUGUCCUCGGCAACGCCAUUGACAUCCUUCGCAUGGUCCGCAACGAGAAGGCUGUCGAGGCAGAUGAAUUUUACGUCUCGGGCGUGUUUGCCAACGCUGACGGCUUUGAUGACGCCGCCGACCUCGACCCGGCAACGCAAAGCCGGAUGGGCGAUGGCGAGAGCCCUCUGCUCAGGUUGCCUCUCUCGACACCAUAG